AGCUACUACACCUGCCGCUUUAACAGGAUGUUAUUCCGGCCUUGUUGAAGUCCCUUAGUGGCUGCUUUGUUAUUUGACCACGUACACAAGAAACCAGAAGUUAGCAGAUAUUGCGCAAACAGACAAAUAACGCAAUCUUUUGCGCACCAUGAGCGCAGCAAAAUAUUAAACAUUUUAACCACUGCCUAUUGAAUGACUUUACAAUGGGAGAGCUGGCAAAAAGUGUCAACUGGCUGUGUUUACCUCUCUAUAUCUUGAUUUCUUCAACUGCAUGCUUGAGCUAUUUAACAGCCGAUGUGGCUUUUCUUAACGCACCUUACGCGCCGGUCUCAAGGUAUCCGUUACGCAUCCUCUACUCCUGUUCCGAGUCGUCGGUGGCGCACGUCCAGCUUCUGGUUUCUUUCGACACUGGAUCCACUGUAAUCGCUUUCCACAAAUAUUGGACCUGCGAGCCCGGACGUACCAGAACCAGAGUGUUGACCGUGCGUUUCCCCGACUGGCUUGUGUAUCGGCCCGACUGGAUGGUACGCGGUUCAGAUUGGGUGCUCAGUUGUUUGUUGCGUGGCUGGAUCGGCUCUGACCAAUCCCCAGAACCGGACAGAUAUUCCGUGGCUAAAGUAACUGCAUCCCUCGAUGUUCAGACACCUCUGAGUCGACCCGUGAAGCAGCACCUGGUUUGCGCCAGCUGGGACGCAGCGUUGCUCCAGCGAGUCCGUGGAGACGCGAGGCCACAAUGCGCAAAAGAAAAUGAGGUGGCCAUUCUUCUUUCCACGAUGUAUGCAUCUACUGGUGAGAAUUUUGGGAUCAUAAAAACCCUGGAGCCAUUCAGAAGUGAAUUGUUAGAAGGAUUAAGAAUCAAAUCCAUCUACCAACCCUGGUGUGCCUUUUCACUCUGGGUUUGGCUGACGAAGCCCUGCAGUAGUCAUCUGUGUGGCCUUCUGUACCACAUUGAUGCUGAGAAUAAUUAUACCACGCCUGCCUUGUUCCUGACUAACGCCAGUCAGAUUCACGUGCAGUUGGUCGGAGAUUCUGGUCAAUCGUCAGCGUUUCUUUCGCCUUUCAAGGUUCCUAUUGGUCAGUGGUGUCGUCUCAGCCUGGAGAUUCUGGGAAGAUUGGCAAAGAUUUCAAUUGCAUGCACUGAUGGACAGGAGCAGUUUAUAAAAAGUUUUGAGCACGUGUUUGGAAUUAACCCUAUGCUGGAUGACACCCACGGUUAUUUUGUUAUUGGUGGUGGUAAAUUUGCUAGGGGCAUUGAAGGAUAUUUUGGACCGACUACACUUUAUCGCACAAAGGGACUGCCUGCUGACCCGGCUGAAAUUGAACUUCCUCAUAUAAUCGCAAAGGUGAAUAUAUCUGGAUGGAUGCAAUCAUGUCAGAAAUUCAAAUCCGAUCUUUUCUUCAGCUACAGAGGUGUAAAGAGGCUGUCUGGCAGUUGUUUGGACACCUACACCGAGCUGCUACUAAAUCACAGUACAGAGAUCACAACAGAACAAUCUACUUUUAUGGAAUCACCAGCAAAUCCUUACAGACGUCGAGUGGCACGAUUGACUAAGCUGCUGUCACAAAAACAUGGUAGCGUGAUGGCCUCUACGGUGGGUCGGGCGCUGUAUUCUUAUGUCCUGCGUAAACUGAGCGCAGCUGAUGGACUGGAUGUUAUAAACAAACUGAUGCCUUUCUUACUGCAGUCUGGAUGUUUGGGGGACUACAGAGCACUUCAUCUGUCUUCUGUUCUCUAUAGCAGUGGGUUUGGAGUUAAGAGACAGCCAUACAAGGCUUGGCUGCUGUCCCUGUUGGCAGCUCAGGGUGACUGGAGAUUGGCCCUGCUGCGUUUAGGACACAUGCACCAUGUUGGUGAUUUGGACAUGACGCCGGACCCUGAGCUUUCAUAUGCGUAUUACAUCAACAUCGCAAGACAAACCAGCACAGAUCAUAAAACACCAACACCAGAACAGACAUUUGUAGAGUUAAUACGCUUAAAUGACGAAGUGACCUUGAAGGCCCAAACUAAUGAAAAUGGCGAUCUGUUUCACUGGCUUAAACUUCAAGCAAGAAGUGGAGUGGCCGAAGCAGAGCAAGCGAUGGGUCGUAUGUUAUUCUGGGGUCAGCAAGGUGUAUCUCCAGAUAUUCAAACAGCUGUGAAACACUAUGAGAGAGGAGCCACCAGACUAAAUGAUCCCGCCUCCAUGCACGAUUACGCCAUCGUCCUCCUCACGGGGCAAGGAGUUGCACAAGAUGUGCAGAAGGCCGUUUCAUUCUUGAAGAAAGCUGCAGAACAGGGGUUCAUUCCCGCCAUCACAGCUCUCGGUUGGUACUAUGAGAAUUUUGAAAAGGAUUACGAGAGAGCUGUCAAUUUGUGGGAGGAGGCGGAUGCUAAAGGUCACGCUGAAGCUGCUAUGAAUCUAGGAGCUAUGUUCCACCAAGGUCUUUAUCCUGGACACCCGGCAGAUGAGUUUAAAGCGUAUCAGUGUUACCUGAGGUCAGCUCAGAGAGGUCAUGUGAACGGUGGUAUCGCACUGGCUAAUGUAUGGAUUCAUGGGAUUCCUGGUCAAGUGGCCAGACGUCCAGGAGAUGCUGUUUUGUGGGUUAAAUGGGCAUCUGAACAGAAUGGAUAUUUGGGAACGGUCUUAAGAAAAGGAUUAAAUGCCUAUCUGAAAGGAGACUGGAUAAUGUCUUUGAUUUAUUAUCUCAGUGCGGCGGAGAGUGGCUUUGAAGGCGCUCAGUUUAAUGUGGCGUACCUCUGUGAACUCAAUACUCGCUCACUGAAUCCAGCGCUGGUGACUGACUGCUUGUUGAGAUACUAUAACAUGUCCAUACAGGCUUAUGAUCAUUCUCCUUAUGCACUGAUCCGAAUGGGAGAUCUGCUGUAUGAUGGACAGGCUUCUGGCAGAAAACGGGUGUCGUCUGCAGCUGAGAUGUACAAGCAAGCGGCGCUCAAGAAGGACCCACAGGGUUGGUAUAACCUCGGCCUGCUGGUUCAGGAGGGAGAGUCUCUGCCAUUCCAUCUGCUUUCCGAACUUAAUUUGCUUCAUCUCUACCUAACAGACAAACAGCAGCUUAUCACCACCUUGUUUCAAAGAUGUAUAGAAACCAACAGCAUUGAUGCAUACCUGCCGUGCACACUGGCGCUCUUCAAUGCACAUCUGCAAUCCUUCCAAAUGGAUAAGAAUACAGCAAUAAAGCUCAUCGCCACAGUUUCAGCAGGAUUGGGAACUUUAUCUUAUAUAUUUGGACUUUUCAAAAGGAGGACGACCGCCAUAACCCAACCUUCACAAACAUCAUCUUCAUCAUCUAGCCAAGCCCAUGAAGAGGAGGAAUCUUAAAACCAGAGAUAACUUUGUUUUUUUCUAUUUUAGAUUCAGUGUCCUUUGUGGUUCCUUACAGAGCACUUGGUGAUGUGUAAUAUAAUGUAAUCAAAUUUCAUUAUAUAAUUAUUAUAAAUUAAUCUAUUAUAAUUCAUAUUUGUUUUAUUUACGCUCUUAAAAAAUACUGGGUUAUUUUUUACCCAGUGCUGGGUCAAAAAGGGACGAACCCAACAUCGUUAACCUAUGCUGAAUACUUUCAACCCAAACUGUUGGGUUGUUUUAAUCCAUUGUUGGAUCAAAUAUAACGUUUUCUUGGUUAAUUUAACCCAAAGGCUGCGUUUGUCCCUUUCUAGUGCUGAGUUAAAAAUUACUCUUGAAAUUUUUAAAACCAUCUGACCAUACCUGUUUGAAAUGUAUUGAAUAUGAUUUUAAGUUUAACCUUCAUAUGCUUUUACUACAGUACAACAAUUUUUUUUACAUUUUACAAUUCGUCACUUUAAAAGAAUAAUUA